AUGGCUAUCUCCAAGCAACAAGAGGCAGUCAUUGCUAAGAUAGUCUCCUAUAAUCCAGCUACUUGGUUUCUUACCUGUGAAUCUGAGGUCCUUAGCAUUCCAGAGAAAGAUCGAGCUGAAUUCGGGAGAAUAUUAAUUGAGGCAAUGGACGUUUACAAGUCCAAAGUUCAAAAUGUCAUCCCGAUAUUGAAGAGAGGACCAAACCUCAACCCAGAAGUCAACAUCAGUGCGUGGGCUAUGAUGCAUGCCAGAUUCCUUGCUCGUUUGUUCAUUAAACAUCCAACACUGUGCGAGCGAUUGUGCGUCAAGCUAUCUAACGAGACAUACAAUCCAGGCUGGAAAAGUCACGUUAGGAAGUUCAGGGAUAUAGAAGACCACAAGAACGAAAUAGAGGAAACAGGUCGAGGCAGCGUGUCGAGAGAUGGCUCUAGCCGUGACUCUCAGUCAAAGUUGCAAAGUUAUCCUCGAUUUGAAGCUCAAAGUCGCCAAACAGCUGCGCAAUCUUUGUUAGCUUUAUCUCAGAGUGAUAAAGCUCCACGUAGGUAUGAGUCUACCUCAUCGAAUCGACUACCACCUCCUCAAAUUGCCCCUCUUCAAGUUAACGGUGGUCAUGACCAAGCCACGACUUCCAACUCCAAAUCUCACACUGGUGAAAAAUACCCCAAGCACGUGAGAUUUGCCCUCGCCCUCGAGAAGAGCGCCACUGCUGAGCUUGGAGCUAUCAGCAGCAUAAAUUUGAACUCCUUAUAUCGUACUCCUCAAGAAAAAGCUCAUCAGUUGGAGCUGGAACGCGAUCUCCAGGCGCAGAUAGCUUCUAAGAACGAUGACCUAUAUGGUGUUAGCGACGACGAACGUGAUCGGCCCACCAGUUUCACGAAGCUGAGCAAUGAAAAGAGAGUUGCAAUAUCUAGCAAUACUCGCAGAACAAGUGCGCCGAAACCUGCCGUUAUUACCGAUUCUGAUACGGAGGAGGAAAUUCAGCUCACUGCCAGCAAUAAUGACAGCAAAACCAGAGCUAAUGAUUCUCGACAACGAGUCGACAGCAAACAAUGUCUCUCGUCCAAAAAUCAAGAAAGCACCUCGAACAAAGCUACAACUCCUAACCGUAGUCCUGGGAUCGAAGACCAUCUUGAAAACAAAAACUCCUCUCCUGCAGAGUCUGUCGAUGGGGAUAACGAUGAGCGUUUUUCUCUUCGUGAGAUGAUUGAUGCUAUGGAGUUCGUUGCAGAACACCCUUGGAUCUGCGAGCAUUUAUUAGUCGAUCACGUCUGGGAUGAGUACAAGCUCUUUCAUGAGUACAACACGGAGGCGCUAAAGGUAGCAGAAGAAGAGAUUGGAGACGCGAAUAGAGCUGCUGCAAAAGAGGCUACACCCUAUUCACACAAGGGGACAGAAGUUGGUUCAUCUAUUACCUCUGUACAUCGCACACGCAGUACGAGCCAGACGUCCAGUUCACCCAGCGUACCUCCAUCUCGGCUUGCAUCCCCAUCUCAUUCCACACCGUCUGUUUGUCAAGCAGGUUCAACUGAUGAGGCUGAUGCAAAUAAUAAGACUGCCGCUGAAGAGAAACAGGCGAUUACUGCAGCUUCCAAAGCUAGAUUUUUACAGGACCCAUUCCUUCUAAUCAUCCACCUCUCAAUCCGGUUUCAAUCGUCUGAAAGUUUUGCUCCUACGGAAAAUGCACCGCCACACCAAGGAAGAUCACCUGCGUCCGAUAGAUUUGCUUCUGAUUAUAAUCGUCCUACUCGUUCGCAGUUAUCGAUGGGUCAAUACAAGGCAACCAAUCCUAUUGUCGAUGAGAAUACCAUCAUUGUCGAUACUUCUUCACUUGUGCCGGCCCAUGUCUAUUCUGUUCCUGAUCACAUCGCGCCUCCACGUCGUGGUCGAUCAUCUGAAGAAUUAGUUCCCGCUUAUGCUCCAUCUAAGCGUCGUUCUCAAUCAACAGUCGGACAAGCAAGUGUGUAUUAUGGUAAUGACGCAAACCAUUCCACCAGCUCUGACAGAGCAAAAAAGAGCCUCGCUCCUACUAUGAAUCGGGCCCAAAUGCGUGAAAAGCUGCAGAUCGCUGCCGUCUACCAAUCGCUCGGACGCCAAGAUGCGAGAUCUUCUGGAAAUUUCGGAAAUGAUGGAGCUAGGGUUGAGAUGGAAGAAGAAGAUGAUGGUCUUUAUAAAGGACCUCGUGGUCGUCAUGUACCAUCCUUUGGAGUUCAAGCAAAUUUCCCUGAGAUCUUUGCUCAAGAUCGAUCCCUAAGCCCUCACGGAGGAGUCGGCGCACCGAGUGGCUUCGGUUUGAACCCAUUCGUGAGUCAAAACAUGGAUCUUGAAACCGGUCUAGUAUCUCGGAGUCGUACAGCCACUUUUGCUGGUCAAGAUCGGGAAGGAUUUGCUGUCAAUCAAACUAACAACGAGCAGGAGAUGGGAUUUGCAGUAGUUGACCUUUCUGGUAAUGAAAAUCGCACUUCGAACCAUCAGAUUCCUGAGAUGUAUGGAGUAUCUCAACCUAUUGCAGCUCUUGACAAUCCACGAGAGGAUUUUUGGAUCAAUCGCGGUAGUUUUGGUGAUUUUGGACCAAUUGGCAUGGGUCUAAAUAUGGAUGUCAAUAUGGAUCUAGAUGCAGAUCUUUUCCCAGCUCCCAACUUCAAUGAUGUCCACGGCCCAGGAACUCACCUUGCUGGUUUUAGAGGCAACUACAAUUUGGAUUUGAAUGAUCAAAAUAUGCCAUUUCCCGGUCCAAGAAGAUCCUCUCGUCAUCUUGGUGAUUUCAAUCCCGAUGCUAAUCCUUCUGGCUUCGGUGGUAUGAAGCAACCUUUCGACAGUGCCGACCAAAACACUGAUGAUAUGGACCAAGCUCCUACUGGCUUUGAAGGCAUGGAUGAGAUCAUGUUACAUAACACACCUCUUGCACAAAUCAAUGCUGGUCUUGGAUUCGGCGACGUGAACCAAACCUCUGAUCAAUCCAGGAGAAUGGAUCCAGCUGAUGUUCCGGAAAGACCACGUCGAGAAAGAGCUGGUACAAGAAGCCAGCCAGGUGAGGCGGUCGUUCCAGUAACACCUAAUCGUACUCGUGCUAGCACUAGAAGCCAAAGACGGUAUGAUUUGUCGGCUAGAGGUGCCAAUUACUUCAGAUUCCAGGAUACCGGGUCGGUCGAAGGAGACAAUGGAAAUGAUUAUAUUGAUGAAGGGAAUGAAGAAGACUAUGAGGAAGAAGAUGACUUUGAAGAGGCGAGCCCUAGUAAGAGAGCACAUCACCGCAAAAACUCUUCCAGAGGUUCAGCGAGAAGUCCAGCUAAAGGUUACGCCAAGGGCACUCCAAGAAAGUCACGAAAAACACCCGUCAAGAAAGGUCCCAAUGUUGCAUUUAAUCCUCGUCCAGCCUCAUCACCUUCUACACUUGAUCGUGGUCCACCGCGGAGAUAUCAUCAAACUACAAUAAAUCUCUCGCCCGGUGCUUUGGGUCCCCAGUUUAAUCUUGAGAUUUCCGGGCGUCAGAGAAGAUUACCAUUCACGACUGUUGCUCAGGAUAGGGCACAGUUUAAGAAGGAAUUUGAGAUGGACCCUGAGGAUCAGGAUUUGUGA